GCGGUGAAUCUGGAGCGAGCGCGCAGUUUGCGCUCCGGGAAGGCGCUUCUCCCUUGCCGCGUCUUCGGCUUGCUGCAGCUCGGGGGCCAGCGCUGUCCGAGUCCCCUUCCCGGCGAUGGUGCAGCCUGAGGGCGCCUCCGCCCCCCUCCGCCGCUGACCCCAGUCCCCCACUCCAUGGCCGCCUCGGCGCCGCCCCCACCGGACAAGCUGGAGGGAGGUGGCGGCCCCGCACCGCCCCCUGCGCCGCCCAGCACCGGGAGGAAGCAGGGCAAGGCCGGUCUGCAAAUGAAGAGCCCAGAAAAGAAGCGAAGAAAGUCAAAUACUCAGGGUCCUGCUUACUCACAUCUGACGGAGUUUGCACCACCCCCGACUCCCAUGGUGGAUCAUCUGGUUGCAUCCAACCCUUUUGAGGAUGACUUCGGAGCCCCYAAGAUGGGGGGCGCAGCCCCUCCAUUCCUCGGCAGUCCUGUGCCCUUUGGAAGCUUCCGUGUACAAGGGGGCAUGGCAGGCCAGGUACCCCCAGGCUAUGGCACUGGGGGUGGAGGGGGUCCCCAGACACUUCGCCGACAACCCCCCCCUUUUCCUCCUAAUCCUAUGGGACCUGCUUUCAACAUGCCCCAGGGCCCUGGCUACCCACCCCCAGGCAACACGAACUUUCCCAGUCAAUCCUUCAGCCAGCCUCUGGGUCAAAACUUCAGUGCUCCAGGUGGGCAGAUGAUGCCAGGCCGUGGGGGAUUUGGCCCCACGAUCUCACCCACCAUGGGACAGCCUCCCAGAGGGAAGCUGGGCCCUCCUUCUCUCCCCCAGCGUUUUGCUCAGCCAGGUGUGCCUUUUGGCCCUUCUCCUCUUCAGAGACCUGGUCAGGGGCUCCCCAGCCUGCCCCCCAACACAAGUCCCUUCCCUGGUCCAGAUCCUGGCUUUCCUGGCCCUGGUGGUGAGGAUGGGGAGCCCUUGAAUCCACCUGCUCCCACUGCUUUUCCCCAGGAGCCCCAUUCGGGCUCUCCAGCUGCUGCUGUUAAUGGGAAUCAACCCAGUUUCCCCCCAAACAGCAGUGGGCGGGGUGGCGGCACUCCGGAUGCCAACAGCCUAGCACCCCCUGGCAAGGCAGGUGGGGGUUCAGGGCCCCAGCCUCCCCCAGGCCUGGUGUACCCAUGUGGUGCCUGUCGGAGCGAGGUGAAUGACGACCAGGAUGCUAUCUUGUGUGAGGCCUCCUGCCAGAAGUGGUUCCAUCGCGAGUGCACAGGCAUGACUGAGAGCGCCUAUGGGCUGCUGACCACCGAGGCCUCUGCUGUCUGGGCCUGUGACCUCUGCCUCAAGACCAAGGAGAUCCAGUCUGUCUACAUCCGCGAGGGCAUGGGGCAGCUGGUGGCCGCUAAUGAUGGGUGACACUGGCGAGGUGGUCCCAGGGAAGUGCACAUGUCCCUUCCUGCUCCUCCAGGGUGAUUGUCUAGCUCCUGGCCCUCGUUUCCGCUGGUUCCCCAUCCUCACGGAGCAGAAACCUGAUGGUUCCUGGGGGCAGAAGAGCCUGGGUUGCUCACUUUUCUGGAAACAACACAUCAAGAUCUACGGAGAUCCAGGAAACCAAAGCCCUGCUGAGCAGAGCCAGCUUUUUUUAUGGCUAUUAGGAAGCCUAGGGAUGUGACUGCAAGAGAAAAGGGGACAGGAAAUUCAGGAGGGCAAGAGUGUCCUGUCUGCCUAUGAUGGAUAACUAACACCUGUGCCUGACACCCCUGUUCUGCCCCUCAGCUCUAGCCUUAGUUUUUGGAGUGGAGCAUUGAAGGUUUCUGGCUUGGGGAGCCGGUCUCUUCCCAUCCCUGUCACAGCCAUUUCAUGGGCUCUGGGAGACCUCUUUAGGGAAUAAAUGGGGAUUCCUCCUUUUUUCUACCUUCCCCUUUGCCUCUCUCAGACCUGUCCAGCUCCUCCUCCCUCAGCACCAAAUAGC